UUGUAAACAGUUCAGUACAUGAAAAAUACCAUCUAAAGAUCUAUUUCACUUAAAAGAAGUUUUGUGGAAUUACACCAAAAGGUUUAAUUGAUGUUAAAAGACUGUAGGUGACAUAGAUGCAGACAAGACUAUUAAAGUUUUAAUAACAAUGUGUUAAAAUAUAGGCUGCCAUUCAGCUCUAUGAACUGAUCUGCUAAAAUGUCUUGAAAAAAAGCUCUCUGGGUAGCCUACAAAUGAAGUUAAAAGUCACAAAGCUAAAUCUACCACUGUUUCACUUCACACUUAGAUUAUACACAGUGUGAUUUGACAUUAUCAGGUAGGAGAUAAAAACGCAUUAGUGUUGCGCUUCUUUCAUUAAAACACUGGAGUGAUGUAAGCCCGUCCCCCUUCAAGAGUAAACCCGAUUAUUUGCCCUGCGUAGAGAGAGAGAGAGGGAGAGAGAGAGAGAGAGAGAGAGAGAGAGAGAGAGAGAGAGAGAGACGCGGAGCUCAACAUCAUCAGUCGCAAUAACGGCUUAAUCAUUCCUCACCGUGGACGACCGACACAACCUCAGCAUCUGAAACGCUUUUUAGACCCGUAAAAAGAAACACGCGUUUUGAAAACGACACUUUUUGGUCGGUGUUGCUGGUGAUGUUUGCUGGAUUUUAAGAGUGGAGCGGUGAAGUCCACCCGGCGGCUCAACACCUUCCGUCACACCGCAGGACAAACUUCACCGGACACACUUCAGACGCGCCAUGAAGUACAGCUACUGGAAUCUUUGAACUGAGCAGAAGAAGUCGAGAGAAGAAAGCCUGGUUUGAAGAAAACGCGAGCGAAAAAACAGAGGGACGAAAAAAAAUAAAGUUCAUUGGUGAAAGAGAGAGACGAAAAGACGGGGACAAUGGGGAGAAAAAAGAUUCAGAUCACACGGAUUAUGGAUGAACGCAACAGACAGGUGACAUUUACAAAGAGAAAGUUUGGCCUGAUGAAGAAAGCCUACGAGCUGAGCGUGUUGUGUGACUGUGAGAUUGCCCUGAUCAUCUUCAACAGCACCAACAAGCUGUUCCAGUACGCCAGCACAGAUAUGGACAAAGUGCUGCUCAAAUACACAGAGUACAACGAGCCACACGAGAGCAGGACCAACUCGGACAUAGUGGAGACCCUGAGAAAGAAGGGUCUAAAUGGCUGUGACAGCCCGGACCCCGACGCCGACGACUCGGCGUUGAGCAAGAAGGAGAACAAAGGUGGCGAGAGCCUGGAGCUGGAGUCUGCUCUCGCUCUCACUCCACUCACAGAGGAGAAAUACAAACAGAUUAACGAAGAGUUUGAUUUAAUGAUCAAGGCUCAGAAGAUACCUGCUGUGCCCUCUUCUACCUACGACAUGACCAUCCCCGUGAAUAACCAGAUCUACCCAGGCAAUCAUAACCUGCUUCCACUGGCCCACCACGGCCUGCAAAGAAACAGCAUGUCACCCGGGGUCACACACAGACCACCUAGUGCAGGUGGUCUAAUGGGCACUGAUCUCUCCACUGGCGCUGGCACCAGUGCUGGAAACGGCUAUGGAAACCACCGCAACUCUCCAGGUCUGCUGGUGUCCUCUGGAGGAAUGAAUAAAAGCAUGCAGGCGAAAUCUCCUCCGCCGGUGAACUUGGGCAUGAACAGUCGCAAGCCUGACCUGCGAGUGCUCAUCCCGCCUGGAGCCAAGAACAACAUGCCCUCUAUCAAUCAGAGAAUAAACAACUCUCAGUCUGCGCAAUCACUGGCGACCCCUGUGGUUUCUGUAGCGACACCCACUCUACCAGGACAGGGAAUGGGUGGAUACCCGUCAGCCAUCUCCACCUCGUAUGGUACUGAAUAUUCCCUGAGCAGUGCGGAUCUGUCCUCUAUAUCUGGCUUUAACAGUGCCAACACACUUCAUCUGGGCUCAAUGAGUGGCUGGCAGCAACAUCAGAUCCAGAACAUGCAGCACUCUGCACUCAGUCAGCUGGGAAAUUGCUCUAGCUCUCACUUAUGUCAGGGUUCAAAUCUGUCCCUGCCCUCUACUCAAAGCCUGCACAUCAAGUCCGAACCUGUUUCUCCUCCUAGAGAUCGAUCCAGCAGCACCACACCAGGCGGCUACGGCCAGCUACCAUCCCACCAGCAGCACCAGGGCCCAACCUCGCAGGGGCGACAGGACUCGGGCCGCUCACCGGCUGAUAGUCUCAGCAGCUGCGGGAGCUCACACGAGGGAAGCGACCGCGACGAGCACCGUCCCGACUUCCACUCGCCCCUAGGAUUGGGCCGGCCCGGCCUGGACGAUCAAGACAGCCCGUCCAUCAAACGCAUCCGCCUCUCGGAAGGGUGGGCCACAUGAUAAGCAAUGGCCCUCUAGGACAGACCCGUCCGCGUUCUUGACCUCCCCGUGCGAAACGCCGCUACAUGUUCUUUCUGCCGAUUCUGACUAGUCACAAUCAUUGCUCUCCCCUAUUCUCUGAUUUGCUGUAGAGAGGGGAGAGAGUGCUCUCUGUAAUGUUUUUAUUAUUAAUUAUUAUUAUUUGAUCAGAGUGUUUCUGUUAUACAUAUUGAUGUGAUUGACGGGUUUCAGGGAGGGUUGGAGGACUAGUAAAAGCGGGUUGGGGAGGGUUUAGUGGGCGGGGCUACUAUGCAUAACUUGUGCAGUGUGUGGAAUACUAUGUAAAGAAUUACCAUAUAUGCAUAUAUAUUUACACGUUGUGUAGGUGUACAUGUAUGCAGAGUAACAAACCAACAAAAAGUGUCAGGUACUCUUGGAUCUUUUCUUUUUUUUUUGUAAAGUCCUUGCCUCAGUGACGUUGAGCACAGCAGAGAGCGUUUUUCACCGAGGUGACAGCUUAGCUCUUGAGUUGCUGUACCAGUACAGUAUGUACAGAUUCCUUUUACCUGUUUUUUUUCAGUGCCACUCUUUUCAGAGGGCGCCUUCGCUAAAUGUAUGUUAUGGGUGUCAUGUUGCAGGUUCAACGUAUUGUACAUAGAGACAAAACGCUGGGGAACGAUAAAGGUCAAAUUUCACACAAACAAAUCUGUUAUGCAAGAAUUUCGAAGGAUUGUACAGAUAUAUGUGCAGGUUCCUUGGUUAACUUAUGGGGAAAGGAAGUAUUUCAGGAAAAAAAGCUCUCCUGCAGAAGGAAUAUAAAAAUAGCAGGACAGAGUUGUGGAGAUGAAGGACUUUUAGAGCCAUUGAUGACAUUUAAUCCUAGGACUUGCAGUUGUUGUUCAGUAUUAAAAGACAAAAACGAGAAAAACAUGUAUGAUACACUUGCUUAUAUUUUCAUAUCAAAAAGGAAUACAAUGCAAAGCAUUUUGUGGCUUUUUGUAGUUUAUAAGAGCCAGAAUGUGUUUUGAUAGCUUUGCUUAUAUGAAAAGUGAUAGUAAAAGAAGGAGAAACUUUGGGCUUUUCAACCACAAGCCAUGAAAUCUGAGACAGUGAAUUCUUGCUUUGCUCAAUGUUUUUUUUUUCUCUCUCUCUUUCUCUUUGUAAAAGUUUUGUUUUUAAACGUGUAUUUUUAAGUAUAUUGAAUAAUAAUAUUAAGAAUCUUUUUGAAAAAAAGAUGUGAAAUUAACAUGCUUGUGUAUAGCUUUCUAAUAUAUGAAUAUAUAUGAUUAAAAAAUUAUGGUCAAAUCUUUUUUUUUUUUCCCCUUGUGCAGGGGACAUGGUAAAUGUUUCCUUUUUAUUUUAUUUUCCCUCCACCAGACUGAGUUUUUCAGGAGCAGAACAUGCUCACAAAUACGUCCCUCCCUUUUUUUAAAGCACAAGAUAUUUUCUGGAACAAUCACAAGCUUUUCAAGUUUCCAGUGUCACAUUAACCGACAUUGCACUGAAGAUUUUCUAAUAUAAGACAGCACAGUCAUAGAUACCUCAUGACUGCUUGUGUACGCUCGUGUCAUCAUUUAGUGGAUCGUGACUAGUUCUGUUCAAUUGAUAUACAUAUCUAUCAUUGUGCAUUCUGUGAUUUUGACAGGACAUAUGUUAGAUGUUUUUUUUUUCUACCAAAGACAAACAGUGAUGUUAUGUUUGCUGAUCCAUAUUCUUUUUCUUGGUUUGAGACCAUUGUGUUUCUUCACGAGUUGUUCAUGCUAGUGGCUGGUACCUCUGACUCACCCUCCCAGUGCCUCAGAUUACCUUUCAAUCAGUUGGUCUUGUUGACAAUGGGACGUUCUCCUUUAACUAACAAGUGUAUAGUAUUGUGGAAAAAAAUGCCAUUGUUUGUUGUUCUAUAGAUUUCAAUUGUCCGUAUAUGACUCUCCGGUUAAUUUGUUAUUUUGAUUUUCUUUUCUAGAUUUUUUUGGUUGAUCUUUUCUCUUUUUUUCUCUCUCUCUCUCCAUCUCUCUCUCUCUCUCUCUCUCUCUCCCUCUCGAGUGUUGUUUCCAUUAAGUAUAUCAAUUACAAAAUAAAAAAACUGAAAAAAAAAUGCUGAAAAACUCUGUAGUAACAAUGUAGCUUGUAUAAACCUACAAUGGGUAAGGUGGAAAGAAAGUGUCUUUUUUUGCUUUCUAACCAGGAGAAAGAGGCUUUCAGCGGCACAAGCUGGACUUUGUCGCCACUUGAAGACAAGAUGUCAUUAAAUUAAAACCACAUCUCUGUAUCUCAAGGGACUUGAUUCAGCUGUAUGUAGUAAAAAAUAAUGUAUGGAAUAAAAAUUGUUUCUCCUGCUGGGACUAAAAAAAGGUAUUUGUAUUUUGCAGAGAAUUCAGUAAAGUUACUGGCUUUCUUAGUUA